CUCUAGGUUUAUGUUUACAACAUAAUAAUCUGCUUGCACACUAAAGUAUAAAUAUUAUGUUUAUAUACAGAGCUUUGAAAUUUAAAAAUUAAUGUUUUUCCUAUAAUAGUUAAAUAAUUUUUGAUAACGAGACAAUGGAAAUGGAAACUGCGACAUUUGUUAUUGUUGGUGGAGGUAUAGCUGGUGUGUCUUGUGCUGAAGUUUUACUAUUUUUAUGUCCGAGCGCAAAAAUUAUUUUAAUAACGCAGUCAUCCUUAAUCAAAGCCGUAAAAAAUUUGAUUCCUCUUGCAAAAUCACUUACGAAGUUUGACGUGGAAGAGUGUUCAAUUGAUACAUUAAAAGAUAAAAUUAAAGUUGUUAUAGACACUGCAGAAUAUAUUGAUUCAUCAAAAAGAGUUAUAACAACGAAGCUGGGAAAUACAUAUGAAUAUAAUUAUUUGUGCCUUUGUACUGGUGCAGAUCCGAAACUCAUUGAAAAAGACAACGAAUACGUUAUUGGGAUCAGAGAUACAGAAUCAGUUUUAGAAUUUCAAAAAAGAAUAAAAAAUUCGAAAAAAAUAGUACUUGUCGGAAAUGGUGGUAUUGCGUCAGAAGUGGCAUUCGAAGCGAAGAAUAUAAUAAUAGACUGGGUAAUAAAGGAUGAAUAUAUAUCAUCAACAUUUGUCGACCCUGGUGCAGCAGAAUUUUUCCAAAAUAAAUUAAAAAAUAAGAACAAGACAAGUGAAGAAACUGUUGCAAAACGAAUGAGGUAUUCGGAAGAAAAUUUGAUGUUUUCGAAAAAAAAAGGUGCUGCUUUAGGGCCAGAUUGGCAUAGAAAAAUUGAUAUAGCAGGAACUUUGGAGGAUUUACCAGAAUCUGUUAAAAUUCAUUAUAAAGUGGAAGUGGUAAAAAUUGAAAAAACUAAAAAUUGUGAAAAUCCCUUUCCUUUAAAAGUCACUUUAAGUAACAAUGAAGUAAUUUAUGCUGAUUUCGUUGUAUCAGCUACAGGAGUUAAUCCCAGCAUAUCUUUUAAAUGUGAUAAAGAGUUUAAACUAGGUCCAGAUGGCGGAAUUUGCGUUGAUGAACUGCAACGUACCAAUUUAAAUUUCAUAUACGCCGCUGGUGAUAUAUGUUGCGCCAGUUGGGAUUUAUCCGAUGACUGGUUUCAAAUGCGUCUAUGGACUCAAGCAAGACAGAUGGGUGCCAUGGCUGGAAAAGCAAUGGCAGCAGCUUUCCAAGGAGAAACGGCUACGCAAGACUUUUGCUUCGAACUCUUUGGCCAUGUUACAAAAUUAUAUGGAUAUCAAGUUGUACUUUUAGGAAGAUAUAAUGGGCAAGGUUUAGAUAAGAAUUAUGAAAUUCUGUUACGUGUGACACCUGACAAGGAAUAUAUAAAAUUUGUUUUACAUAAUGGAAAGUUAAAAGGGGCAUUAUUGAUAGGGGAAACAGGUCUGGAAGAAACUUGCGAAAACUUAAUUCUCAAUAAAUUAGAUUUAACGCCAUACAAAGAAGAUUUAUUGGAUCCAAAUAUAGAUAUUGAAGAUUAUUUUGAUUAAAAUUUAAAUUUUUUAGGAAACCUCGUAUUUUCGUUUAUAAAAAAAACUGGUUUUUGCUAUAAACCCAAUUUUAUUUUCGUUAUGAAACUAUUUAUUUUUUUACUUUGAAAUUUGCGAAAUGUGUUUGGUAAUUUUUGAAUAAAAAAUAUUUGAUUUUAAAACAUUAUGUAAAUUUUCUUAUACUUUACUAUCUUCUUUUAUAUAAAGGGAAUUAAAGUUCUGCAAUAUUAGCUCAAAUAUAUACGAUAAAUUAAAUA